AUGGCCACCUACCAGUUAGGAGUUGCCCAGUGCUUCCUAACUUAUGCACCUUGGAUACUGAGCACAGCACCUUGUGUUCUCGGUGCAUCUGCAGGGUCUCUGGUAGCAGCUGCUGUAGUCUGUGAAAUGAGCAUGAUUACUAUGCGGGAUGAGAUGCUGUAUUUUGCCAAGCAGAUGAAGGCUUUUACAUUUGGACCGUUUAAUCCCUCCAUCAAUGUCCUCCACUGGUUGGAGCGUAUUUUACACAAAAAUCUUCCUUCUGAUGCGCACAAACUGGCCAAUGGGCGUCUUUUUGUGUCUAUGACACGCCUGAGUGAUGGCAAGCAUAUUGUAACAUCCGAGUUCCAGUCCAAAGCGGAUGUAGUGCAGGCUUUACUAUGCAGCUGCUUUGUGCCCGUGUACUGCGGUAUGCUGCCUCCAUCCUUCAAAGGAGAAUAUUACGUGGAUGGGGGUUUCAGCACCAUGCAGCCAGUGCAGCUUGCACCCUACAGUCAUACGCUGACGGUGUCUCCAUUCUCUGGAGAGAUAGACAUCUGUCCCGCCGACACACCAUGCAUGUGGGACGUG